AUGUUAGUGAAUUUUUCAGCAGCACUCAUGUCUUGGCAAACGAUUUUCGUGUUUGCCAUUGUUGCUCAUUUGAAUGCUUCCUCCGGUCAAGGAUUUAUGCCUCAAGGAGGUCCUGGUCCAGAGAUCCCUUGGUGGGAUUCAGGAGGUGGAGGCAGUCCGUGGGGAGGUAGUCCGUGGGGAGGUAGUCCGUGGGGAGGUAGUCCAUGGGGAGGUGGAUGGUCACCGUGGAUGAAUGGUGGUGGCUGGAAUAACCCGAUGGGAGGCGGUGGCUGGAAUUAUCCGUUUGGACCUUGGGGAAUGGGCGGCGGAUGGUAUUGA